AUGGAGCCGGCCGUCAGGGAGCGGCUGUGGGCCGCAGAGAGCCGCCGCGAUGUUCAGGCUUUGAAGAAUGCUUAUGAGUUGAUCAAGUCAGCCAGUCAAGGAAAAUCUGCACUUGACUCAUCAGAUGACUUCAGCACCGACUUAUAUGUUUUAUGUGCUGAACAAGCAUUCCAGCUGGGAUAUCUGGAAAUGAGCAGUGACUGUCUACAGAUGUAUUUUAAAGGAAGAUUUCCUGUGAAUCAGUUUCUUGGCAGAGCAUAUUUGUGCCAAGGCCAGUUGCACGCUCCACUCUCUACAGAUAAUUUGGAAGAAUUUGAAAAGUUUGUGCUGUUUUUUAUGAAGGCGAUAGAUUUUGCCACCCAGGAUCGAAGAUAUUAUUUUUUGAUAUAUAAUGCCUCAGUUCUUUAUUGGCAACUUGUGAGGCCGUAUCUUAAGCCUGGAUUCCGCUAUUGUCUUAUUCCCAGCCUUUCUCAGAUUGUUAAAGCGUUAAACCAAACUGAAGAGCAAGACAAUGAAUGGAGAGCAGAACUCAUGAUAAAUUUACUUGAGUGCUUCCUCGAUGCUUCAAAACUGAAAGAAGCGAAAGAGUUUUCAUCUACUGCAGCAAUCUUUAUUAAGGAAAAUGUUCCAGAUAAAUACUCUCAAAUAUUUUCUCUAAUGGUGUAUCACAAACUAAUGGAUAUUUCCCAGGUAGAGAAGGAAAUACAAAAUUCCAUCCAUUUUUCAGUUAUUUAUAAAAUGCAGAUGUUAAAAUUGCAGUGGGACACAAAUGAAUUUCCACGUGAUGCCACCGCAAAUCUGAAUUCUUUAUAUGUACUUUUGAAACAAUACGACGUACCUCCAGCAUCUGUUCUUAGUGUGAAGAUUCCUUUGAUUCUGGAAUUAGCUCGUUUUUCUAUGAAAGUAAACUGCAUUCAGGUUGCAUAUGAUUGUAUACUUGAUUUGAAGAGAGCUGGGAUUACUGAGCAAGGGAAACUUAUUGAAAUAGAAUGCCUGGAAUGUGAAUAUGAAAUAAAGAAAAUUGGAGCUAAAAUUGUGACUUAUACCAAAGGAGUCGUUGAGGCUCAGCUGGAAUUGAUAAAAAAUCUUGAGUUAACCUUAAAACGUGCAGUUCAAUUGGGAGAUCCUGGUGUGAUUCAGGUUGUUUGUACAACCCAGUGGAAUCUGUGCUUACCACUGCUACAACACAAUUUGCAUCAACAUGUGCGAAAGCCGUUGAUAUCAGUUGCUGAUGUCCUUGAAGAGAUUGACAGCAUGUUGAUUUUGUUGCGUUGCCAAGUUCAUAUGGAAAUAGCUCGUAUUGAAGAAGAUGGGGAUAGAAUAGAGGCUGCUGUGGAACAUUUGCAAAAAGCUAUACAUCUAAACAACAGUGGGCAGUAUCAAGAACAUCUAAGAUUGACUUUUAACCGUCUUCGUACGUGCACUAUGCUGUAUAAGUCACCUGAGCGUCUAGAGGAUCGGGCAGUAAUGAUGAUUGAACAGGCUAAAAGGGGAAAGCCGAAGGAUAAUGUGAGGAAAAAGAGGUCCCUUCUGGUAAAUGCAGGUCUUGCACUAGCUCCUGUUUCAUUUCAAAUAGUCCUCGACAGUGAAAAUGAAGCUAAAGUUUCCUCAGGUAAAAGUAGGAGUCAAGUAAGCUACCUCUGUGCAAAAGCACAACAUCAUAUUAAAAGCGUGGAGGAAGUUGAUGAACAUUUGAAACACUUAAGAAAUGAAAAUGACAGAGAGAGAAUUAUGCUUUGGGCAGAUUUGGCAAAAGUUGCACGUAAACAAGAAGUAUGGGAUGUCUGCCGCGCAGCAUGCAGAUUUUGUCUCUUGUAUGAUGAUACUUUGUUUAGGAAGGUAACAAAACCUAAAAAAAUGCAGAAGAAGAAAGCUAGUACAGCUAUGAUAGAUGAUGAUCAAAGUGACAGCUUACCAGGAGAAUCAUUACUACCUGCUAAAUCCUUCUCUUUUGAAAGAGAUUUACUCAGAAUAUUAGCAGAAAUAAGAUUCAUUAAUGCAGAGGCAACUGUUCAUUUAUUAAGAUUGCAGGGAAUUGAACUGAAUGAUCAUGCUGUACCUCCAGAAGAUACAAGCCAGUAUCGUCCCGGAUAUGUUUCAUAUCUUCCUGAAAGUGAUCCAGAAUGGAAAACAUACAGUUUAUGGAUAGACUACUUAUCUCAGUAUGCUAUGGAAAACUUCCAACGUGCAGCCGAAAUAGGAGAAGAAUUGAAUGAAGCCUGGAUUGUUCACAAUGCUGUGGUGUAUAUCUUAAACUACAAUAGACAUCUUAUCUCUUCAGGAAGACAGAGGGAAAUUAUUGAGUAUCUGCAGACUCUUCUUGGAGCCAUCAAGGCUGUUGGGCACAAUGGAUGUACUGCGAUUUUAUUGAUGUUAUGUAAUGCUUUGGCUCGGGGCUUAAUUCUUUGUUGGAUUCCAAAGCCAAAACUUGCUGAGAAGAGAAAAAAAGAUGAAGCAACAGACAGAAGCAGAAAAGCUGCGGCAAAGAAACAUGAAAAAGCAAAUGUCAUCCAGUCUUUUUCAGUAGAUCCCAGUGGACUUCCUGAUAUCAAAGCUGCCUUAGAGAUUUGUGAAUUUGCCCUAAAUGUGACAGCUGGAGCCAUACCUAAUGAAACAGGAGCUAUUGCUGCACAACAACAGGUCAUUGCUACGUGGGUGAAAGCAAAACAGUUAAAUCAGCAGCAGAUCGGACGUAAACUUGGGACUGAGGAGGAGAAUAAUGAUGAAGCACAAAAUCCUACAACAAGAAUUCUUGUUGGUCUAGAAAUGUAUUCGUGUAAUGGCUUGGGUCUCAUGGAUUUCACUGUUCCUAGCUUAUCUCAGUUAGUGAAAUUGGCUUUAGAAUGCAGUUGGUCAGAUUCCUUAGUGGAAUUGCAGACACUGACACGACUUACAUAUUUUGCAUAUGUAUCACAUGACUAUGAAAUAGUGAUGACUUGUUCCAAAAGGAUCUUGCAAUCAGAUGAGCAUUUUUUCUGCAAUAGAGAUACUAAGAAAUAUGAAAUUUACUUAAGUACUGCAGAUGAUGUUUUAACUCUGCAGCAUAGCCUGAGUAAAAGGCAGUGUGAGAUCCAGAUUGUGGCUCUGGACCCAGUUCAGGAAGAUACACGAAUUUUGUUAUCCAAGCCUGGUAACAGAGUGAGACAAGAAAUGUUAAGCACUACUGCCUGUAUACAAGGAAAGAGUAUAAUGGAAAAUUUGUCUGGAAGAAAACAUCUGCGUGUAGCAGCAUCAAAAGCCUUUGUUCAGAGUGCCAGGUAUGCAGGUGAAGCCGGAAAUUAUUCCCUUGUAAUGUUUGCAGCUAGACACUUUUGGAAUACAUGUUUACCGUUGCUAGAUUCUCCACAUGACAGACAGCAGUUUAAAGAACCUACUGAAAUAAUUCUUAAGAAUAUAAUUAAAGCAGAAUCUAAAAAUAAACAGGAGAAGAAAGAUAUGCUGCCUUUGCAUCAGUGGAUUACAAAGGAUUUUCAAAUUUUUGGGUUAUCAGUUGGAUGCUUUCUCCCAGGUGCUGAGGAAGACCUGACAUUAAGAACCUCCUUAUAUGGCUUAUUAUUCCACAUAUAUGUUGAUAAAGCUGAUUGGGAGACAGCACUGAAAGUCCUGGAUGAAGGUAUUCAAGUUUUGCCUCAGACAAGACACAGGCUCCUGAUUUUUAAACAUAUGGCUACAGUGAAGGCAGGAUUGGGAUGCAAUUUUAUGAUGGACAUUCAGAAAUUCAGAGAUGAAAGUGAAGAUUAUUUGUCACAUAUGUGGCGUCAUUUGGUAACAGUCUCCAGAAGUAUUGUUGGACAGUUAAGCUGUUUUCAAAAUGCAAUCAUUGCUUUACAGAAACAAGAAAAUGAAUGGCAGAAAGUUGAUUAUCUGAUGGAAUUUGCUGAAUGGUUAUAUUGUAACCAGUUUCCCCUCAAUGAUGUUAUUAAACCUCUGGACUGGGUGGUAGAUCUCUUGCUACACAUGAAAUUUUCUAUGGAAUCCUCACAAGAAGAAGAAAAAAAUACUAUACCAAAAUUUUCGCCUACAGAAAAUUUGAAGAUAGACUAUGGAGCAAAUGAUACCAUGCCCCAAAUUAAUUUGGAAGAUUUGAAUAAUAUUAAACAAUUGGAAGCUUUGUUUAGAGCACAGACAUUAAUGGCUUUAAUUUCUGGUCAUAGUUCUCCUUUUCAUCAGCAGCACUGUUUGAUGGCAUAUGCUUGUAUCGUCCGUAUCUGGCAGGUAUCAUUGUCAGCAUCAGGACCUAUUACAAAAGUAUUAUCAAAGUCUUCACAACUUACAGCUCCUCAGAAGGUACAGUCAAUAAUUACUCCUAAAAAAGAGAAGGACAAAAAGAAAGAGAAACAAGUUGAAGUUUCUAUUGUGAAAGAGAAGCCUAAAGGGAAAGGAUCAGUUGAUACCUUACCAGCAAAUGUGGAAGAAUGGGCUCAUUAUGACUGUCCCAAUGAAAUCAGAGAUACUUUUAAACAGAAAACAAAUAGUUACGGUAUUAACUGGGAUAAUUUCCCCAAACCUACUUGCACUUUGUAUUUUAUGGACCUUUUAUCUAAAGAACUGCAGAAAAUUUUUUGCCCCCACUUGAUUCUUCCAAUCUUUCAGCUAGCUGAAGUUAUUGCUAAUGAAGUUGUGGAAUGUAGAAGUCUCUCUGAUCUCUAUCACCUUCGAAUUGCCCUGAUAUGUUCAGACCUAAAACUGAGUCAGGCAUCUUUGUAUCAUGAGAAAGCUGCUGGAGAAGCAUACAUUAGUGAAUUAGAACAAGCAAUGUGUAGGCAAGAGAUUGCACUGAAAAAAGAAAAAAAAGUGCAUACUAAGACAGAGGAAAGAAAAACAUUUUUUGAAAAUGCUCAGCUGAAUGAUAGUAGGGAUGAGAAUAUCCUUACUUCAAGUGAAAAGUUUUUUGAGUUAAAUGCGGUAACAGGAAAAGGACUGAGUGCACUUUCUUUCCCUUACUUGUGGAUAGAAAAAGCUGAAGUACUAAUUCAGCUAGGCUUGUAUCAACCAGCAAGACUUCUGCUUUCAGAGGCCCAUGCUGCAACUCAGGAAUUGAGGGCCCUGUAUGACGUGUCAAGGUGCUUGUACUUACUUGCUGUAUUGGCUAACCUGGAAAGAAACCACGGACAAGCUAAAGCACUCCUUGAAAAAGCACAGCUUCUAGGAGGAAAUGAACAGUUUUGGUACAACAGUACUCUUAGUCUAGUAGAAGCAAUUCUAGAGGAAGAGGGGGAAGGAAAACAGAGCAUGGCUUGUGAGAUACUGGAACACACUGUAGAUGUGCUCAGAUCUACUUUACUGAAGAGACCUAACAGACAAUCGGAGUUGGGUUUUAUAAUUGCAUCCCUUGAAGCCAGGAGAACACUUAUUCAGAUACAUUUUGCCCAAGAUGGUAUGAUAGUUAAUGCUGAGUCUUGUCAGUUGCCACAUAUGCUACAGGAGUCUUACAACAAAUUAGUUCAAAUUGAGAAGGACUUCUUUCAUUAUGGGCAUAAAAACUGCAGUGCUGAGAUACUGCUAGAAUGUGCAAAUAUUCACAGGUUGAUUGCCAAGCAGGAAAGAAACAAAGAAGAAAAACAUAGUCACUAUCUAGAUGCUUAUAACUUAGCUCAGAAGGCAGUAUCCAAAACAGAGGAAGUGUUUCAUAAUGUUUGUAGCUUAGUUGCAGUUAAUGAGACUACAAAUAUUAGUAUCCCAUUAAUGAGGCAACUAGCUAACAGGAAAAUACAUCUUGUAGAAAUUCUUUUGGAUAUUUUUCAUCAUGUUAUUACUGAGAAAAAGCUUAAAAAAGUGGGAGAAGAAGCAUCUCAUAAAAUUGUGGAGGCAUUCAUCAGGGGAACUAUUGAAGAUGAUGCAACAGAACAGGAUUGGAAGCAUAUGGAAUACACUGUGGGUCAUAUUACACUGGCUCAGUUAGCAAACGUACAGAAUCUUUGUAAAGGCUGUCCUGACAUCAAAUCCAAAUGCCUAUAUCUCACUGGAAAAACUCUUCAUUUACUUGCCAUUAACAUAGAUCCUGUGCAUUCAGAGAUUUACUGGAAACCAAAUGUCAUGGAACAAGCUAAAUCAGACAUCGCAAAAACUUUCCUGACUUCAGCAGAAUGCAGUGAAGAGGGAGUGACAGACAGCAGCUUACCGACUACUAAACGUCAAUAUGAUAAGUAUAGGAGGAAAAUACAGGAAUUAAAGAAGGAACAUAGGUUGGCUCAGAAAUAUCUUUCUCAAUCCAGUGAAGCUUUGCUACAGUGUAUGGGUAUUGCAUUCAGUCAUAAUAUUACUGAUGUACUGGCUCCUGCUAGUUUUGAAAUGGUUGAAUGCUUUCAACAAUUUGAUCCAGUUUCAACUAGCCAGUUUUUGGCACUUCAUCAGAGCUGUUCAGCGUCUAUGAUGAUGAAGAGUAUCCUUCUAACAGCUACAUCUAACACCAGCAGCUCUCAGCUGGCAGCAUUACUGCAUCUUCACAAUCAUUUAAAACAAAACAGAAACACAAGUGAUCUUCUAAAAAAUGUGGAACAGCAACUGACUGCUACUUCAAUGGCAUGGAGAAAUCUCUGUAUUCCUGUUGAACAUUUUAAUAUAAUGGAUGAAUUGCCAUCUAAUUUCUACAUAAUUAUUCUCCAGCAUUCAGAAGACAGAUCAAAUUUGUACAGUUCAUUGAUUGAGAUGCCAAAAGUAAGUACUGCACAGCAGAAAGGAAAACCCACUCAGCCAAUGGUGCAAGCUAAAGUUUCUCGAUUUCCUGUGAAUCCUGAUACAUUUUGUAUUUUGUUGGAAAAAGUGCGUCUUUACAAGCAGCAAAACAUGAAGAGUCAUCUUAAACAGACUGUCAUUCAAAACUUGCAAGAGUGUGUCUCCAAAACAGAUGUGACUCCAACAGAGAAAAUAGAUUACAAUGGACAUGAUUUGACAUCAGAUUUCUCUGAAAUACUAGAAAUUAUGGAAGAAUAUCUGAAACCAGUGCUGUCACAGUUUGAUUUUUCUGAUGUCAGAGAACAGAGCACAUCAGUUUCAGCAGCUGAAUCAGGAAAAGUAAAAGUGAAAGAUAAGGACACCAAACACACUAGAAUGCGGGGUACACCUAUGGACUUAGGAUUGUGUGUGGUAUUACUAGGAGAUACAUUAUUGAUGGAAUUGCCUUUGGAAGCUCUGAGUAUCUUUAAAGAGGAAGGAAUAAGUUCUGUAUCCAGAGAUUUUUCUCUCCAGAUUCUCUACAAUCGAGUACAUCUGGCUGAGUCAGAGACUGAAGUUAAAACAGAUGUUGAAAUAUCUAAAGAAACAAAACCAAAAGCUCAUCAGAAAAAGAAUGUCAAAAUGGCACCAAUUAAUCGUGAUUUACCCUCUAAUUGCUUGCCUGUUGAUACUCAUAAUUUUAAAUAUAUUGUGGACCCCUAUAAUGAAGGAAGAGAGGCAGAAGCUUUAAGUCCUUCCCAAAAAAUAAAGGAAAUCCUAGAAAAAUACCAUGACCUAUUUACACUACAGUGGGAAGGAGUUAUUGGCAACAUACGUGUUCCAAGCCAAGCUGAAUGGGAGCAGCUGCUGACAAACUGCAGUGCAUUUCUGUUCUAUGGGAUGGAGAGAUUCAUGUCUCAUGUUUUACUCAACAGACUGGUUGCUAUGAACAUCCCAAAAUGCCAUUUGAUGAUACUUCUAGAUCUGGUGCGAUCAAAGCAAAGUUAUCAAAGAAUUACAAACUCUGGUAUCCACAAAAGUUGUCUACAUAUUGCUAUAGAGAGACCAACGGAGACAGCAAUGCUUCUAAGCCUUACUGGUGUUCGUUCUAUAAUAGCCAACCAGUGGUACACUACCUUGCAAGAGAAUGCAGAAAGGCUAGAAAUUUUGUCCAAGAAUUUGUUGAGCAUUGGUAGAACAACUGGGCAGACAGUCCACAUUCUUCAAAAGAGUAAGAUUCACAGAAAAAGGGAUUCCAUUAAAAUGGAAGCAGAUUCACACAGCUCUCCUAGAGACAAAGCAGAAGAACAGACCAUUCACACUUCUUCAAAUCUUCCUGCAACUCAUCCAUCGUUUUUUAAUUGUGUGCUAUAUGGUUUACCCAACAUAAUUAUUAUGUAAUUUGUGUCAGACUUUUCAUACUAGGACUACCACUACACUGUGCAUAGGGCACACUGCAUUUAAAGGUGUGGCAGAUACUUAUUUCUAUAUGGCCUACGGAGAGCUGAGCUUAAGAAAAUGUACGUUUUGCUUAUAGACUGAUUUCUGUUUCAGAUGUAAACAGUUUGAUAUUAGAAUAAGUGUCAGGAAACUAUCAAAGAACAUUUAUUUUAGAGAUUUCAGUUAGUACUCUAAGGUUUUCUGAACUCAGUGAAUCCCUUAAAAGAAUUUGGUGAGUACCAACACAUCUUAAAGGAAAUUAAGCUAGUAUUUUUGGGCAUUGAUGCAUAGGUGGAAUUCGAAUGUAUCAUUGUCAGUACUUCCAUUUGGCAAAACUUUUCCUUGAUGUGUUUUAUUUUUACAUGGAAGAUUUAUCAGGAGCAUAGCUGAAAAAUUUACCAAGUCACCUUAUUCUGAGUGAAUUGAUUUUGUAACUUUUUAUAUAGCGGUAGUUGUAGUUUAAUUAGAAAACACGGUAGUAUUAAAUAAAAUGUUUAAUACGUUUUGCCUUCUUUAUUUCCCUAUAGUUUUCCUGAACAACAUAUGAAGAUACACUAAAUUAUUCCAAAAUCCCAAAUAAGAUUAUUACGUGUAUAGAUUUUGUAGCAUGCUCUGUUAAUCGGCAAUGCAUUUUUAAAAUACGUACUUUAAAACUUUAUUUGUAGUGAUAACAGUAGAAAUAAAUGUAAAAUAAUUUAGCACUUACGGACAAUACAAAGCUUUGAUCAUUAUUGCAACUAAAACCAUUUUAAGAGUCUCUUUUUUUCCAAUAAAAUUGUGAUGUCUGUU